GUUCAAUCCAAUGUCCUUCCAUUUAUCCGACGCGUACGCCCGCAAGCUUGAGCAAUACGAGCUGUCCACCAAGCUCGGCGAAGGCACCUACGCCAGCGUCUUCCGCGCCAUUCACAAACCAAGCUCGACCCUCGUCGCGCUCAAGCAAAUCAACCUCAACCGCGACGAAGGGACGCCGUGCACUGCGCUGCGUGAAAUCUCGCUGCUCAAGGAACUCCGACACGCCAACAUUGUCGCCUUGCUGGACGUCGCGCACACCCGCGAGCGCCUCACGCUGAUCUUUGAGCAUCUCGACUGCGACCUCAAGCAGCAUAUGGACGCGUGCGGAAAGAACCUGGCGCCGGCGAACGUCCAGCUCAUCCUGUACCAGGUCCUGCGCGGCAUCGCGUACUGCCACUCCAAGUCCAUCCUGCACCGCGACCUCAAGCCGCAGAACCUGCUGCUCAAUCGCGCGACCGGCGACGUCAAGCUGGCCGACUUUGGCCUGGCGCGCGCAUUUGGCAUCCCCGUCAAGGCAUUCUCGCACGAAGUCGUCACGCUGUGGUACCGGCCGCCAGACGUCCUGAUGGGCUCGCAGGUGUACAGCACGUCCAUCGAUAUGUGGUCGAUUGGCUGUAUUUUUGGCGAAAUGACCACUGGCCGUCCGCUGUUUGCCGGGAAGAAUGUCGACGAGCAAUUGGCGCGCAUCUUCAAGCAGCGCGGCACACCCACCGAGCUCACCUGGCCUGGCGUGUCGCAGCUGCCAAACUUUCGCGGCGACUUUCCAGUCACACCGGCCGUCCAGCUGGCCUCCAUUGUGCCAAAGAUGGAUUCGCUCGGCGUGACCUUGCUCAACCGACUUCUCCAGUACAAUCCCGCCAUGCGUGUCUCCGCGGCCGAAGCGCUUCAACACGUGUACUUUGCUUCCAUCCAUGCGAUCGUUGGCAAUCUUCCCAAUGAGCAAAGCAUUUUCGACCGCACUGGCAUCACCAUGAUUCUCGAGCCUCCUGUCGAGGCAGCACAGGCGCCGGCUGCGUCAACGGCAGCUGCAGCUGCCGCCGUUCCGGCACCAAUAGCUCAACAACAACAAGACAUAUCUCAACAACAACAAGCAUUCCAGGACCAACAACAGCGCGAGCUCCAGCUUACUAGAAUGCAACAAAUGAGCCAAUUCCAACAGUUCCAGCAGCUCCAAGCUCACCAGCAUUUGCUAGCCCAGCCCAACCACGUCGUGAACAACAACAACAACAACUCUUCAUCACAGGCCCACCCAUCGCACUUGGAUUCGCAAUUCACACAGUAAACCGAACUUGUUAUUAGAUAAUAUUUGUAGAUGCCGUAAUUGGUUGGGAGUUGAUGAAUGAGAUGAAUUUGUAAACAAACAAACAAACAAAAAAGUGCAACACUGAACAACAAC